AUGCCAAAUCAGCCAAUCACAGAAAGAAAAGGCGGAGAUCAGGCCAGCGGACUCCCAAUCACCAUCGGUGGGCGUGUUUUACGUGAACAAGGCCCGCCUAUUGGCCGGUCUGCGGACUUCCCACAGACAGUUGUAUGUUUCAUAAAAAUGCACUCUGAUGCGGCAAAUUUUCAGCUGAAUUCCCAUUUGACUACGUUGGCCAGCAUCCACAAGAUUCACCACACCUUGCACAGGCUGAACCUGACAGAAGACGUUGGACAGGAUAGCCACCAAUCAGCUUGCUGCUCUAGAGCCAUGCCGCCAAGGAAAAAGAGGAGACCCUCCGCUGGAGACGACAUGUCGGCCAAGAAAAGUCGCCAAGAAAGAAAACACGAAACGUCACAAAUCCGAGAGGAGGAGACCUUUUCCAGUAAAAGAUGCUUGGAGUGGUUCUAUGAAUAUGCAGGUUGUGACGAUGUGGUGGGUCCAGAGGGCAUGGAGAAGUUCUGUGAAGACAUUGGAGUGGAGCCAGAGAACGUGGUGAUGCUGGUCCUUGCCUGGAAGCUGGAUGCUCAGAGUAUGGGAUAUUUCACCCUGCAGGAGUGGCUGAGGGGCAUGGGCUCACUGCAGUGUGAUUCCACCGAGAGGCUGAGGAACUCGCUAGACUACCUGAGAUCUGUCUUGAACGACAGCACCAGUUUUAAGCUCAUUUAUAGAUACGCCUUUGAUUUUGCUCGGGAAAAGGAUCAGAGGAGUUUGGACUUGAACACAGCCAAAUGUAUGCUGGGACUUCUUCUGGGAAAGACGUGGCCUCUGUUCCCAGUCUUCAAUCAGUUUUUAGAGCAAUCGAAGUACAAAGUCAUCAACAAAGACCAAUGGUGCAACGUGUUAGAGUUCAGCAGGACAAUCAACCUGGACCUCAGUAACUAUGAUGAGGACGGCGCAUGGCCGGUUUUGCUGGACGAGUUUGUGGAAUGGUACAAGGAGAGACAGAUGUCAUAGCCGCCGACGGGGAGAGCGGGAGAAAGAUUUCAACUGUGACCACAACUCUUGAGUUUCAACAACCAAUAUGUAAACAACACAAAAAUAUGGGAAAGCAUUGACAUUGGGUGCUUCCUGGUAGAGGAGGGGUUCGUGCCGUGGGU